UCUCCACCAACCAUGGGCGUGCUCCUGGAGGACGGCAGCACGGAGGUCCUGCUGGGCCUGGCUGUGCUGCUAUUGGUGGUCUACCGUCACGUGACUGCGCAGUUCGACUACUGGGCGCGCCGGGGAGUCCCCUACCUGAAGCCGGAGCCCUUCUUCGGCAACAUCCGCGACUUUGUGCUCAUGCGCAAGUCCUACGCUGAAGUGUUCAGCCGUCUCUACAACGACAGCGACCCGCACCCCGUCGUCGGCUUCUUCUUCCAGGCGAGGCCGGCUCUGCUCGUCCGAGACCCCGAGAUGGUCAAACUGGUCCUCAUCAAGGACUUCGCGCACUUUCCCAGCCGCUAUCAGGUGUCGGAUGCGCGGACGACGCCGAUGGCGCUGAACCUGUUCCACGUGGGCAGCCGCACGUGGCGGCCGCUGCGCACCAAGCUGUCGCCCACGUUCACGUCGGGCCGCAUCAAGGCCAUGUUCCCGCUGCUGGCCGAGUGCGCCGCGCAGCUGCAGGCCAGCACCGACGCCGCCCUCGCCGACGCCCACGGCGCUGGCGCCGUCCUCGAGAUGCGCGACGCGCUCGCCAAGUUCUCCACUGACGUCAUCGGCACCUGCGCCUUCGGCCUGCAGUGCAACGCGCUCCAGGACCCUGACUCGACGUUUCGGCAAAUCGGCAGAAAAAUGUUCAAGCCUAGAAAGAGUACGAUGGCCCUUCGUUUCCUUUACGGCGGCGUGCCGUUCCUGCAACGCUUCAAAGCCAAGUUCACGGGCGACGCCGUCUCCGACUUCUUCCUCGAGUUGGUACGCCACACAGUCGACGAGCGACUGGAGAAAGACAUCAAGAGGAAUGACUUCCUCGACCUGCUGAUCCAGCUCAAGGAGAAGGGACACCUAGAGGGCGACGCCCACUCUCUGGUGCAGACCGAGGAAUCGAUUGAGUUCACGCACGAGCUGAUGACGGCGCAGUGCUUCGUGUUCUUCGCGGCGGGCUUCGAGACGUCGUCGACGACGAUGAGUUUCUGCCUGCACGAGCUGGCGGUGCACCAGGACGUCCAGGAGCGGGUCCGGGCUGAGGUGGACGCGGUCGUGCUCAAGCACGGCGGCGCCAUCACCUACGACGCCAUCCAGGACAUGACCUACCUCGACCAGGUCGUGGCAGAGACGCUGCGCAUGUACCCGCCGCUGCCGUUCCUGGACCGCGUGUGCGAGGUGCCGUACAAGCUGCCGGGGUCCGGCGCGGUAAUCGAACCCGGCACCAGGGUCUUCAUUCCGGUGUGUGGCCUGCACAGCGACCCCCGGUACUUUCCGGAGCCCUACAAGUUCGACCCAGAAAGGUUCAGCGAGCAGAACAAAGCCAGCAUCAACCGCAACGCCUACCUUCCCUUCGGAGAGGGACCGAGGAACUGCAUUGGAAUGCGGUUCGGACAGCUGCAGACCAAGGUGGGGCUGGCAUCGAUGCUGCAGAACUUUCGCUUCGAGACGUGCGACGAGACGGCGGUGCCGCCCAGGUUGGCACCCCUGUCAUUCGUCAUGGCGCCCGUGGGUGGCGUCUUCCUCCGGGUGACGCGGCGCAGGGAGGCUGCACCAGCCUAGACUCACCGUGGGGUGAGGGGCGCAAGCCGAGCCGAACCUGCCGUGCAGUCCACACCUGCGCUGCUCCGGACGGCUGUCCGUGACUGGUGCACAGGCUGCAAAAAGUCUUUCCACCCACAACAGUGACACUGGAUGCCAUGUAUAUGCCAACGAGGAUAUGAUUUGUGGUUCUCCACAACGCCGUUUGUGGAAAAUAUACGCUUGUAAAAAUGAAUAAAUCAUCUACUGCAUACCGUAUAA